AUUCCUCCGGGAGCGCGCGAGCGCGUGCACACGUACAGCACAGCGUGGACAUCAGAAGCGACGCGGCGUUUGAGAGAUCCUCGUCUUUAUUCCGCUGGAAAGUUAGGUUUGGUGAAUGAGAAGAAUGCCGUAUCUCCUCAUCAGUACACAGAUCCGACUGGAGACGGGGCCAACCACGGUCGGGGACGAGUAUUCCGAUCCCGCUGUCAUGAAUUACCUCGGAGCCCGGAAAACCACCAUGCUGGGAAACAACUUCUCAGAGUACCACGUUGAUGAACCUCCACGACUCGUCUUAGACAAACUGGAGAAGAUCGGCUACAGGGUUGUUAACAUGACAGGCGUGGGCCAGACGCUGAUUUGGUGUCUUCAUAAAGAGACAAGUGACACUUUGUGAUUCUGUGUGUGUGAGAUAAACAUGGUUAAGGUCUUUUAAGAUGAGUUUGAGCCGAGGUUGCUGUACGGAGGUCUCGUGACUUCUGUGUGAAUCUGAGAUGCAGUUAAACUUACUGGCAUCUCAUGAGAAGUCUUAUUGCCUUGCAAAAAUCCUGGAGAUGUAAAACUGACAGGUUUACAGAGUCAUUGUUAUUUUAUGUAUAACUAAUACAUCUGAUCCAUGGUCUUUAAAUUCAUUUAGAGACAUUCUGUAUAUACUGUAUGCUUAUGUAAGUACAGUGAUUUUUACUGAUGUAGUACAUUGGGUUUGGGGUACAUUAUUAUUGUUGUUGUUGUAUGUUGUAUAAAAUUUCUCUAUAUAUAUUUACAACUUUGAAUUGUAAGUUCAAUUUGUUUUUUUCCUUAAUUUUUUUAUUUUUGCUUAAAAUCAUUUGAUUAUAAAAAUAUAAGAACAUUCCAAAUUUUUGUAUUGUAAAGAUGAAAAUUGAUGUACAUCGCAGUAGAUCUUGGUAUAUAUUGUUUGUUUGUGUGAGAAUAAGUGUAAUAAACAAUAUUUUAACUGGA